AUGGCCAAGUCCAAGAACCACACCACGCACCAGUCCCGGAAAUGGCACAGAAAUGGCAUCAGGAAACCCACAUCACAAAGAUACAAAUCUUUAAAGGGGGUGGACCCCAAGUUCCUGAGGAACGUGUGUUUUGCUAAGAAGCACAACACGAUGGGCUUUAAGAAGAAGCAGACAAACAAUGCCAAGGCCAUGAGGGCACGGGCUGAGGCCAUCAAGACCCUGGUGCAGCCCAAAGUAGUGAGCAACGAAGGCAAACUCCCCGAGCUACCCACCCGCAAGCUGCAGCGCCUCCCCUACAUCGUCCGCCCCAAGCUAGGGAAGCGCAUUCACGCCUACAUUGCCAAGGGUCGCAGGCUUGCUAUACCGAAGGCCAGGGCCCAAGCCAAGGCCUAGGCUUCAGCUACCACUCCAGCUCAGGCCAGGCCGCAGCUCCUAAGGGUGGCCAGGCUCCAGCUUCUAAAGAUG